AUGAAUAAUCUAAUCCUCCUGUGCAGCUUGGUCUGCCUUGCCGGGUUGUCUCAAAUAUGUUCUGCACAAGCCACAACUAAGGCUGCCUCGGCUACUAGUACUACUUUAAAAAUCUUCGUUGGCGGUGAUCAAGGCCAAGGAAUUUCAGUAUUCACAUUUGAUACUGUCAAGGGUACGUUGACACCUCAGGCUCAAGGGAGGUCUGAUGCGCUUGGUCCCAGCCCCAUAUGGUUCGAAUUUGACAAGGCUAAAAAGCUCAUGAUCAGUACUUCGGCUGAAAAAUUCGAUGGCAAAGAGAAGACGGGGGGUGUCUUCUCAGCCGCCGUAGCGGCUGAUGGGACUUUGAAGAAAAUCUCAUCCACCGAAACAGAUGAAGCACCUGUCUCACUUGAAAUAAGUCCUGACGAAAAGCUCGUCAUGGUUGCGAGCUUUAAUGGGGGAAGCGUGACCACUUAUGAUCUCAAUGCCGGAAAGCUGUCAGCUAAGCCAACAAAAACGUUCAAGUUUCAGAUAAAAAAACCGGGCCCUGUGGCAGAACGACAAACCCAAGCUGCUGCGCAUCAAGUCAAACUAGAUCCAGCCGGGAAGCUACUCCUGGUGCCCGAUUUGGGCAUGGACAAAGUGCAUAUGUUUUCGCUUGUCAGUGAUGGGAAGACGACCUCCCUAGCCCCACAGCGAGAUAUUCCGAUUGAUGCCGGCUGUGGCCCUCGCCAUCUCGUUUUCGACCCUAAAAAAAUCGACCGGCCGACCUUCUAUCUACUCUGUGAACUAUCAAGUCAACUCUUGAUGAUAGAAAUCACAGACAGUACAAAAGGAAAAAUCAUCGAGAAACAUAGUGUUCUCCCCCCUAAUGCCAAAAACACAUUCAACGCCGCCGAGAUUAUCAUCUCGCCCGAUGGAAAGUUUCUGUAUACGACCAACAGACAAAAGGAUAAAGCUGGAAAGGAAGAGGAUAACAUCUUCUCUAUCUUUGCUCGAGAUUUGGACAGCGGCAAAUUGACGCCUAAAGGUACAUCCCCGACCGGUGGAAAGGGCCCUCGUCACUGUGCAUUGAGUCCAGAUGCAAAUGCCAGUUUCAUGGUCGUGGCCAACCAAGACAGCAACCAAAUCAGCGUUCACAAGAGGGACCCUCAAACAGGUGCACUCACCUUCGUCAAGUCAGCCGAUACAAAGUCCCCAGCCAUUGCUGUGUUUCAAGCCUGAACGUUACUUAGUACUGCAAGACUUGUUGCGGUGCAACUUAGUCCUUGGCAGCGUCACCUUCCUGUUAUCCAAACACAACCAAUAGCUUUAUGGAUCAAAACUAUUUUGACUGUAUUAUGAUUAAUUUUAAGCUUGCCGUUAAUUCCAAGAUUACCGUAAUAAAGAAAGAAUA